AUGAGUAAGAGACAUAUCAGUGCUCAAGCCAUCAAUGAUGUUAUAGCAGCAUUCCCCCCUGGUCAAUUCACCAGAGGGCGAAGUGAAUCAGAUGAUGAGGAGAAUCUCCCUCCAACCCUGGCCAGUUACAAUCAAAGUGUCAUCUCUGUUGAUGAUAGCGACAAUGAAGGAGGGAAGGAUGUGGACGAAGACAAGGAUGGAGAUGGGAAGGAUUAUUUCAAACCAGCAUCAAAGAAGAAGCCUUCCUUUGAUGACCUUACCACCUUCAUUGCGCAAUGGACUGCAGAGACAAACCAACAACAAUCUGGGAGGUUCAGUCUCACAUUUGACGGCUGGAGCUCCUCACAAAUGACUUCGUACCUUGGGGUCACAGUCCAUUAUAUUGACAAGGACUGGGCCCUCCACUCCAAUGUGCUUGGCUUUGAACCCAUUGAUGGUAGCCAUAAUGGGACUAACCAGGCAACCUUGUUGUACAAUCUGAUGUGCAAGUAUGACAUUGCCGAGAAGGUUCUAGCAUGCACCUCUUAUAACGCUUCAGUCAAUGAUGCAAUAAUGACAAGUCUUGCCAAGAUACUCUUUGAUGCACAUUUGAUCGAUGCAGACAACAGUCCAAUGCAGAGCCGUUGCUACGCUCACAUACUGGGGCUUGCCAAAGGCCACCUCUUGAAUAGCAUUGAGAAACACACCACUCCAACAAUGGCUGAGGAGCUUGACAAGGGUAGGGUGGAGAAGGUGGUUGAGACUAGUCAAGAAGUAGAGGACGCAGAAAGCUUGCCUGACAGAGAUGUCGCUUCUGAGCCCUCUAGGAUCAGCGACCUGCCACUUCUCUUUGAUAAGAUCCAAAAAAUCACUGCUAAGAUCAGCAACUCUCCAAAUGCCAAGAAGUAUUUCCGCUUGUGCUGCAUAGACGAAGGGAUAAAACCCCUAGCCCCUGUCCUAUACUGCAAGGCUAGGUGGGGAUCCUGGCACGGAGUCAUCAAGUGGCUGCUCAAAGUCCGAAAAGGGUAUACCCACUUCUGUGCUUUUGCUGAUGCAGAGCCCACGGUACCGAAGAUCAAUGCUAAGAACUCAAAGCCUCACAUCUGGUUUGCCCUUACCAACAAGCAGUGGAAGAUGCUUGACUCUGUUCACUCAGUGCUCAAUUAUGACAAGUUUGCUAUUGCAAAGCGCUCGACCCAUACGUCUGAUGAUCGUGAAUCAUGCCCUCAAGCACCUCUGACAGAGACGCAACGCAGGAUCAAGCAGCUGCAAAAGGCGUCUUUGGCCUUCAGAGGUAGUGGGAAGCUCUUGGAUGAGUUUGAUCGCUAUAUCAGCUCUUUCGAAGAGGAUGAUUCCCUUUCCCUUCUAGCAGCUACGCCAGGGCAGAUCCAGCCUGACUUUGUCCUGCAAUGGUGGAAGCGCAACAAGUUUGCAUUUCCCAUCAUAUCAGGCAUUGCCAGAGACUUUCUGGCUAUACCGGCAUCAUCUGUACCGUGCAAACAUCUCUUUUCAUAUGCCAAAUUGGCAGACACUGAGAAGCGUCGUUGCAUGUCAGAGGGGACAUUCAGCAAAUUGCAGACCCUGGGUGCUGCUGAUUGA